AUGCGUUCCAGAAGUAACAGCACAGAAAGCCCUACCAGACCAAAACUGAGCCAAAGGCCAAAGGACCACCAUAAAGAAGAGGUUGAUUACAGUGGGAGAGGAAAUGUGCAAAGAAGGCAGAAGGACGAUGCAGCCCAAGCCAGUACCAUCCCAAGAAGCCCUCAGGCAGAGAAAAAACAAAGAAGUUCUUUAAAGAAAAGAGAAGAUCUCUCUCGUGAUGAUUUGUUAUUUCUUCUUAGUGUCCUUGAGGGUGAAUUACAGGCUCAAGAUGAAGUUAUAGGAGUACUUAAGGCUGAAAAAAUUGACUUGGCUUUGCUUGAAGCACGAUAUGGCUUUGUUACUCCCAAGAAGGUGUUAGAGGCCCUCCAGCGAGAUGCUAUUCAAACAAAGGCAGAGCAAUGGCAAGAAGAUAUCUACGAAAAGCCUAUGGGAGAGCUUGAUAAAGUUGUACAGAAACAGAAAGAAACUCACAGACGAAUGCUGGAGCAACUUCUAAUGGUAGAAAAAUCACACAGACAGACACUGUAUGAACUAGAAGAAGAGAAGAGGAAGCACAGCAAAUACAUGGAAAAAAGUGAUGAGUUUACAAACUUACUGGAACAAGACCGUGAAAGGUAA